UAAUUAGGUAUAGUUCCCAAAUAGGAGAAUCUGCACGUAACAAUGAGUGAUAGCAAAGACGAUUCGGACCAGUCGAGCAGUUCCACAGGAAGUUCGACAGAUUUCGAUUUCACCAGUACGAGUUUUCAACCACUGCGGGUUCUUUACUCUCGCAAAGCACAGAUACCGGUCCCGUCGGCCCCCCACAUGGACAAUGUCAGCGGGUUCGAGUCCAAGUUCAGGUUGUUGGGUGGAUACGACCAAGUUUUCUCACGCGAAAAACUAAACGAGAUUUAUGCGGCGGCUUCCUCGUCGAAAAAGAUCGCGGUGCCUCAGGGACAGGAACCGGUGCGACGGUUUCUACCGCAUCAAGGACUGAUUAGUGCACCACGACCCGCUCGGCUGCAGAGGAACAUUUUCACUAAACUGGAACAGAUGGAAGGUCCACUGGAGUGUUUGCACCGCUGGAUGACGGAGCGUGUGCGGGUAAAAGUCUACACCAGAAAGCAGAAAGGUGUCCGUGGGUAUGUCACGGGGUUCGUGGAAAUAUUCGACAAGCAGUGGAAUAUGGCGCUGAGUGAUGUGUUCGAAUCCUGGCGGCGGAGAAAGUACAGGUAUUCGCAGAAUAAACUUUGCGCGCUUGGCGAACCGAAAGACUGCAGUGACCAGUUGGCCAAAAUGGGAAUCCGUUUGCCAGAGGUUAGCGUUAAGUCGGUGCACAAAAAGUAUGUGGAAUGUACCCGUAGGAUGGCGCAGAUUAUGAUUCGAGGGGAGCAGGUCGUGUUGGUAACGCCGGAUACCAGUAAGGUAGUGGAACCGGUCGCUUCGAGUAGUUAGUUUGAAAUAAAUUGUCACGCUAUGCUAUGACUUACUCUAGGAGUAAAGUGUAAUGCGUAACUUAACUCCAUAAUAAUCGUAAUAAUGGAGACGCAUGGUAGAAAUCCUCUAAUUUUCUUAUUUUAGAAAAAUAAUCAAAUCUACACUAUACCAUUCCUUAUUUCGAAUGAUAAGAUAAGAUCUCUAAAUCGUUUGGGUGUAGCAGUACAUGCUAUAAAACGUUAUGAUCAAGUUUAAUUAGAAUAGGUAAA